AGUUUGUCAUUGGACAAGGUGACUUUUUUUUUUUUUUUUUAAAGAUAAGUAACAGCUAUAUCAACUUAGGGUACUUGAACCAGAAUUCUGAAAGGAAAGAAAUCAAGCUUUCUUUGGACUGGAAACCUGUCUUUGCGUAGGAGAUUUAGUCCUUUUUAUUCAGAGGAUUAGAAUUCUGAUGUGAAACUAACAGUCUGUGAGCCCUGGAACCUCCACUCAGAGAAGAUGAAGGAUAUUGACAUAGGAAAAGAGUAUAUCAUCCCCAGUCCUGGGUAUAGAAGUGUGAGGGAGAGAACCAGCACUUCUGGGACGCACAGAGACCGUGAAGAUUCCAAGUUCAGGAGAACUCGACCGUUGGAAUGCCAAGAUGCCUUGGAAACAGCAGCCCGAGCCGAGGGCCUCUCUCUUGAUGCCUCCAUGCAUUCUCAGCUCAGAAUCCUGGAUGAGGAGCAUCCCAAGGGAAAGUACCAUCAUGGCUUGAGUGCUCUGAAGCCCAUCCGGACUACUUCCAAACACCAGCACCCAGUGGACAAUGCUGGGCUUUUUUCCUGUAUGACUUUUUCGUGGCUUUCUUCUCUGGCCCGUGUGGCCCACAAGAAGGGGGAGCUCUCAAUGGAAGACGUGUGGUCUCUGUCCAAGCACGAGUCUUCUGACGUGAACUGCAGAAGACUAGAGAGACUGUGGCAAGAAGAGCUGAAUGAAGUUGGGCCAGACGCUGCUUCCCUGCGAAGGGUUGUGUGGAUCUUCUGCCGCACCAGGCUCAUCCUGUCCAUCGUGUGCCUGAUGAUCACGCAGCUGGCUGGCUUCAGUGGACCAGCCUUCAUGGUGAAACACCUCUUGGAGUAUACCCAGGCAACAGAGUCUAACCUGCAGUACAGCUUGUUGUUAGUCCUGGGCCUCCUCCUGACGGAAAUCGUGCGGUCUUGGUCGCUUGCACUGACUUGGGCAUUGAAUUACCGAACCGGUGUCCGCUUGCGGGGGGCCAUCCUAACCAUGGCAUUUAAGAAGAUUCUUAAGUUAAAGAACAUUAAAGAGAAAUCCCUGGGUGAGCUCAUCAACAUUUGCUCCAACGACGGGCAGAGAAUGUUUGAGGCAGCAGCCGUUGGCAGCCUGCUGGCUGGAGGACCCGUUGUUGCCAUCUUAGGCAUGAUUUAUAAUGUAAUUAUUCUGGGACCAACAGGCUUCCUGGGAUCAGCUGUUUUUAUCCUCUUUUACCCAGCAAUGAUGUUUGCAUCACGGCUCACAGCAUAUUUCAGGAGAAAAUGCGUGGCCGCCACGGAUGAACGUGUCCAGAAGAUGAAUGAAGUUCUUACUUACAUUAAAUUUAUCAAAAUGUAUGCCUGGGUCAAAGCAUUUUCUCAGAGUGUUCAAAAAAUCCGCGAGGAGGAGCGUCGGAUAUUGGAAAAAGCCGGGUACUUCCAGAGCAUCACUGUGGGUGUGGCUCCCAUUGUGGUGGUGAUUGCCAGCGUGGUGACCUUCUCUGUUCAUAUGACCCUGGGCUUCGAUCUGACAGCAGCACAGGCUUUCACAGUGGUGACAGUCUUCAAUUCCAUGACUUUUGCUUUGAAAGUAACACCGUUUUCAGUAAAGUCCCUCUCAGAAGCCUCAGUGGCUGUUGACAGAUUUAAGAGUUUGUUUCUAAUGGAAGAGGUUCACAUGAUAAAGAACAAACCAGCCAGUCCUCACAUCAAGAUAGAGAUGAAAAAUGCCACCUUGGCAUGGGACUCCUCCCACUCCAGUAUCCAGAACUCGCCCAAGCUGACCCCCAAAAUGAAAAAAGACAAGAGGGCUUCCAGGGGCAAGAAAGAGAAGGUGAGGCAGCUGCAGCGCACUGAGCAUCAGGCGGUGCUGGCAGAGCAGAAAGGCCACCUCCUCCUGGACAGUGACGAGCGGCCCAGUCCCGAAGAGGAAGAAGGCAAGCACAUCCACCUGGGCCACCUGCGCUUACAGAGGACACUGCACAGCAUCGACCUGGAGAUCCAAGAGGGUAAACUGGUUGGAAUCUGCGGCAGUGUGGGAAGUGGAAAAACCUCUCUCAUUUCAGCCAUUUUAGGCCAGAUGACGCUUCUAGAGGGCAGCAUUGCAAUCAGUGGAACCUUCGCUUAUGUGGCCCAGCAGGCCUGGAUCCUCAAUGCUACUCUGAGAGACAACAUCCUGUUUGGGAAGGAAUAUGAUGAAGAAAGAUACAACUCUGUGCUGAACAGCUGCUGCCUGAGGCCUGACCUGGCCAUUCUUCCCAGCAGCGACCUGACGGAGAUUGGAGAGCGAGGAGCCAACCUGAGCGGUGGGCAGCGCCAGAGGAUCAGCCUUGCCCGGGCCUUGUAUAGUGACAGGAGCAUCUACAUCCUGGACGACCCCCUCAGUGCCUUAGAUGCCCAUGUGGGCAACCACAUCUUCAAUAGUGCUAUCCGGAAACAUCUCAAGUCCAAGACAGUUCUGUUUGUUACCCACCAGUUACAGUACCUGGUUGACUGUGAUGAAGUGAUCUUCAUGAAAGAGGGCUGUAUUACGGAAAGAGGCACCCAUGAGGAACUGAUGAAUUUAAAUGGUGACUAUGCUACCAUUUUUAAUAACCUGUUGCUGGGAGAGACACCGCCAGUUGAGAUCAAUUCAAAAAAGGAAACCAGUGGUUCACAGAAGAAGUCACAAGACAAGGGUCCUAAAACAGGAUCAGUAAAGAAGGAAAAAGCAGUAAAGCCAGAGGAAGGGCAGCUUGUGCAGCUGGAAGAGAAAGGGCAGGGUUCAGUGCCCUGGUCAGUAUAUGGUGUCUACAUCCAGGCUGCUGGGGGCCCCUUGGCAUUCCUGGUUAUUAUGGCCCUUUUCAUGCUGAAUGUAGGCAGCACCGCCUUCAGCACCUGGUGGUUGAGUUACUGGAUCAAGCAAGGAAGCGGGAACACCACUGUGACUCGAGGGAACGAGACCUCGGUGAGUGACAGCAUGAAGGACAAUCCUCAUAUGCAGUACUACGCCAGCAUCUACGCCCUCUCCAUGGCAGUCAUGCUGAUCCUGAAAGCCAUUCGAGGAGUUGUCUUUGUCAAGGGCACACUGCGAGCUUCCUCCCGGCUGCAUGACGAGCUUUUCCGAAGGAUCCUUCGAAGCCCUAUGAAGUUUUUUGACACGACCCCCACAGGGAGGAUUCUCAACAGGUUUUCCAAAGACAUGGAUGAAGUUGACGUGCGGCUGCCGUUCCAGGCGGAGAUGUUCAUCCAGAACGUUAUCCUGGUGUUCUUCUGCGUGGGAAUGAUCGCAGGAGUCUUCCCGUGGUUCCUUGUGGCAGUGGGACCCCUUGUCAUCCUCUUUUCAGUCCUGCACAUUGUCUCCAGGGUCCUGAUUCGGGAGCUGAAGCGUCUGGACAAUAUCACGCAGUCACCUUUCCUCUCCCACAUCACGUCCAGCAUACAGGGCCUUGCCACCAUCCACGCCUACAAUAAAGGGCAGGAGUUUCUGCACAGGUACCAGGAGCUGCUGGAUGACAACCAAGCUCCUUUUUUCUUGUUUACGUGUGCGAUGCGGUGGCUGGCUGUGCGGCUGGACCUCAUCAGCAUCGCCCUCAUCACCACUACGGGGCUGAUGAUCGUUCUUAUGCACGGGCAGAUUCCCCCAGCCUAUGCAGGUCUCGCCAUCUCUUAUGCUGUCCAGUUAACGGGGCUGUUCCAGUUUACGGUCAGACUGGCAUCUGAGACAGAAGCUCGAUUCACCUCGGUGGAGAGGAUCAAUCACUACAUUAAGACUCUGUCCUUGGAAGCACCUGCCAGAAUUAAGAACAAGGCUCCCUCCCCUGACUGGCCCCAGGAGGGAGAGGUGACCUUCGAGAACGCAGAGAUGAGGUACCGAGAAAACCUCCCUCUCGUCCUAAAGAAAGUAUCCUUCACGAUCAAACCUAAAGAGAAGAUUGGCAUUGUGGGGCGGACAGGAUCAGGGAAGUCCUCGCUGGGGAUGGCCCUCUUCCGUCUGGUGGAGUUAUCUGGAGGCUGCAUCAAGAUUGAUGGAGUGAGAAUCAGUGAUAUUGGCCUUGCCGACCUCCGAAGCAAACUCUCCAUCAUUCCUCAAGAGCCAGUGCUGUUCAGUGGCACUGUCAGAUCAAAUUUGGACCCCUUCAACCAGUAUACUGAAGACCAGAUUUGGGAUGCCCUGGAGAGGACACACAUGAAAGAAUGUAUUGCUCAGCUACCUCUGAAACUUGAAUCUGAAGUGAUGGAGAAUGGGGAUAACUUCUCAGUGGGGGAACGGCAGCUCUUGUGCAUAGCUAGAGCCCUGCUCCGCCACUGUAAGAUUCUGAUUUUAGAUGAAGCCACAGCUGCCAUGGACACAGAGACAGACUUAUUGAUUCAAGAGACCAUCCGAGAAGCAUUUGCAGACUGUACCAUGCUGACCAUCGCCCAUCGCCUGCACACGGUUCUAGGCUCCGAUAGGAUUAUGGUGCUGGCCCAGGGACAGGUGGUGGAGUUUGACACCCCAUCGGUCCUUCUGUCCAACGACAGUUCCCGAUUCUAUGCCAUGUUUGCUGCUGCAGAGAACAAGGUCGCUGUCAAGGGCUGACUCCUCCCUGUUGACGAAGUCUCUUUUCUUUAGAGCAUUGCCAUUCCCUGCCUGGGGCGGGCCCCUCAUCGCGUCCUCCUACCGAAACCUUGCCUUUCUCGAUUUUAUCUUUCGCACAGCAGUUCCGGAUUGGCUUGUGUGUUUCACUUUUAGGGAGAGUCAUAUUUUGAUUAUUGUAUUUAUUCCAUAUUCAUGUAAACAAAAUUUAGUUUUUGUUCUUAAUUGCACUCUAAAAGGUUCAGGGAACCGUUAUUAUAAUUGUAUCAGAGGCCUAUAAUGAAGCUUUAUACGUGUAGCUAUAUCUAUAUAUAAUUCUGUACAUAGCCUAUAUUUACAGUGAAAAUGUAAGCUGUUUAUUUUAUAUUAAAAUAAGCACUGUGCUAAUAACAGUGCAUAUUCCUUUCUAUCAUUUUUGUACAGUUUGCUGUACUAGAGAUCUGGUUUUGCUAUUAGACUGUAGGAAGAGUAGCAUUUCAUUCUUCUCUAGCUGGUGGUUUCACGGUGCCAGGUUUUCUGGGUGUCCAAAGGAAGACGUGUGGCAAUAGUGGGCCCUCCGACAGCCCCCUCUGCCGCCUCCCCACGGCCGCUCCAGGGGUGGCUGGAGACGGGUGGGCGGCUGGAGACCAUGCAGAGCGCCGUGAGUUCUCAGGGCUCCUGCCUUCUGUCCUGGUGUCACUUACUGUUUCUGUCAGGAGAGCAGCGGGGCGAAGCCCAGGCCCCUUUUCACUCCCUCCAUCAGGAAUGGGGAUCACAGAGACAUUCCUCCGAGCCGGGGAGUUUCUUUCCUGCCUUCUUCUUUUUGCUGUUGUUUCUAAACAAGAAUCAGUCUAUCCACAGAGUCCCACUGCCUCAGGUUCCUACGGCUGGCCACUGCACAGAGCUCUCCAGCUCCAAGACCUGUUGGUUCCAAGCCCUGGAGCCAACUGCUGCUUUUUGAGGUGGCACUUUUUCAUUUGCCUAUUCCCACACCUCCACAGUUCAGUGGCAGGGCUCAGGAUUUCGUGGGUCUGUUUUCCUUUCUCACUGCAGUCGUCGCACAGUCUCUCUCUCUCUCUCCCCUCAAAGUCUGCAACUUUAAGCAGCUCUUGCUAAUCAGUGUCUCACACUGGCGUAGAAGUUUUUGUACUGUAAAGAGACCUACCUCAGGUUGCUGGUUGCUGUGUGGUUUGGUGUGUUCCCGCAAACCCCCUUUGUGCUGUGGGGCUGGUAGCUCAGGUGGGCGUGGUCACUGCUGUCAUCAGUUGAAUGGUCAGCGUUGCAUGUCGUGACCAACUAGACAUUCUGUCGCCUUAGCAUGUUUGCUGAACACCUUGUGGAAGCAAAAAUCUGAAAAUGUGAAUAAAAUUAUUUUGGAUUUUGUAAAA